AUGGCUCAAUCACUAGGACGUACAUUGGCUGCCGCCACCGCUGUAGGUGCUGUGGCUCUGAGUGCAUACGCAUUGUACUUUGACCACCAGAGAAGAAGUAACCCAGAGUUCAGAAAGGAGCUGAAGAGACGUGUGAAGAAGGAGGCCAAGGCUGCUCAAGUUGCUGAGGAACAAGCCAAGAGACAGAAGUUGGAGAAAGUUACUCAGUACUUGACUCAGGAACUUGCUGCUGAUCCUAUCCCAGCCAGUGCCACUGAAAGAGAGACUGUCUUCACCAAGAACGUUGAGCUAGGUGAGAGGCUUUCCAUGACCCCAGGUCAGGAACUAGAGGCCGCUGCCAAGUUCUACAAGGCUUUGACCGUGUAUCCAAACCCUGCUGACUUGCUAGGCAUUUACCAAAGAAGUGUACCAGAAAACAUCUACGAAUAUAUUGUCUUGAUGAUUGCUAUCAUGCCACCUGCUAAUGUCUCUACAUUUAUUCGUGGUGCUGCUGCUGGCAAUGACAAUGCUGCAGCUAAGGAAGUUGAAGAGUCUGUCGCUGAUGUUGACGAAUAA